AGGGACCUGUCUCUUUAAGUUGGUGUCAAAGCCGAUUAACGCUGAUCUCGGUCGUGAUUCUGUUUUUACCGUCUGUUCCCUGAAUCUAUUUUAGUUUGGCGCUUUAAAAUUUGUGUUUCAAUAUUUGAAGUAGGCCUGUUUAAUUUCGAAUUAAGAUUUUCGACGGGAUACGCAUUUGGAUAUUAAGUUAUGAUCAUGAAUACCUCAUUCUACUGACAGCGGGUCGGAGUCUGAUGUGCGCUGCGCAGCGUGCUAGGACACUCCAACUUUUCCUUGCGCGUCUGUGGUAAGCUUGGAUUACCUCGCUCGUAUACAAAGCUCCUGCUAUCUAUCGUGCUCCACAGUCUUCUUCAAAAUAUGACUAAAUCUUACAGGUGUGAUGCCUCUCGUCACUUUUUGUAACUAUUAAUAAUAGGCCGAAGAUGCAGAAGAGCGUGCGGUACAAUGAGGGGCACGCUCUGUAUCUGUCCGUGGUCGCGCGUAAAGAAGGCACAAAGCGUGGCUCCUUGAGCAAGAAGACGACGGAGAACAGUCGGUGGAACGAAAAAUACUUCGCUCUUUAUCAGAAUGUUCUCUUCUACUUCGAAAACGAUCAAAGCGCGCGGCCGUCAGGAAUAUACCUCCUCGAGGGGUGCACGUGUGAAAGGAUCCCCGCGCCAAAAGUAUCAUCAGUCGGGAAGGAGUCGUCGGAUAAGCAGCAGCAGCACUACUUCCUGGUCGUCUUUGGCCAUGAUGGACAGAAGCCGCUGGAGCUGCGGACGGAGGAGGAGUCUGACUGCAACAAAUGGGUGGAGUGUAUCCAACAGGCAAGUUACUCUGACAUCAUCAUCGAGCGUGAGGUGCUGAUGCAGAAGUACAUCCACCUGGUCCAGAUCAUGGAGACAGAAAAGGUAGCAGCCAAUCAGCUACGCACCCAGCUUGAGGACCAAGACACAGAGAUAGAGAGGCUGAAAGCGGAGAUUGUAGUGUUAAACAAAGCCAAGGAGAGGAUGUUGCCUUUCCAGCUAAACCAGGAGGAAGAGGACCCAGAUAUUAAGAAGAUCAAAAAGGUCCAGAGCUUUAUGCGUGGAUGGCUGUGCCGGAGGAAGUGGAAGAUCAUUGUCCAGGACUACAUCUCCUCGCCCCAUGCCGAGAGCAUGAGAAAGAGGAACCAGAUCGUCUUCAACAUGGUGGAGGCGGAGACGGAGUACGUCCACCAGCUGUCCAUCCUGGUCAACUGUUUCCUGCGGCCGCUACGUAUGGCGGCCAGCUCAAAGAAACCCCCCAUUAGCCAUGAUGACGUCAGCAGCAUAUUCCUCAACAGUGAGACCAUCAUGUUUCUGCAUGAGAUCUUUCACCAGGGUCUCAAGGCACGGAUAGCCAACUGGCCCACUCUUGUGUUAGCGGACCUGUUCGACAUCCUGCUCCCUAUGCUGAACAUCUACCAGGAGUUUGUAAGAAACCACCAGUAUAGCCUACAGGUGCUGGCCAACUGUAAGCAGAACCGGGACUUUGACAAGCUCCUGAAGCAGUAUGAGGCCAAUGCUGCCUGUGAGGGCCGCAUGCUGGAGACUUUCCUUACCUACCCCAUGUUCCAGAUCCCUCGCUAUAUCAUCACCCUUCAUGAGCUAAUGGCACACACACCCCACGAGCACGUGGAGCGCAAGAGCCUGGAGUUUGCCAAAUCUAAACUGGAGGAGUUGUCAAAGAUGAUGCAUGAUGAGGUGAGCGACACAGAGAAUAUUCGCAAGAACCUGGCCAUAGAAAGGAUGAUUGUAGAGGGCUGUGACAUACUAUUGGACACCAGCCAGACCUUCGUCAGACAAGGCUCUCUUAUCCAGUUGCCAUCCAGCAGUGAACGAGGCAUGCUCAGUAAGGUGCGCUUAGUAUCCCUGUCACUCAGGAAGGAAGGGGAACGACAAUGCUUCCUGUUUACCAAACACUUCCUCAUUUGCACCCGCACCUCUGGGGGAAAGCUUCACCUGCUCAAGCAGGGCGGUGCAUUAUCUCUGAUAGAGUGCACUCUCAUCGAGGAGCUGGACGCCAACGAUGAGGACUACAAUGCUGCUGGACAGGGCUUUAACCACCUGGAGUUCAAGAUAGUAGUGGAGCCCCCUGAUAGUCCCGCCUUCUCCGUCGUCCUAUUGGCCCCCUCCCGGCAGGAAAAAGCUGCAUGGACCAGUGACAUCAGCCAGUGUAUCGACAAUAUCCGCUGCAAUGGCCUGAUGACAAGUGUGUUUGAGGAGAACUCCAAAGUCACUGUGCCACACAUGAUCAAGUCGGAUGCCAGGCUUCACAAAGACGACGUCGACAUUUGCUUCAGCAAGACCCUCAACUCCUGCAAGGUCCCCCAGAUACGCUACGCCAGUGUAGAGCGCCUUCUGGAGAGGCUGACUGACCUGCGCUUUCUGUCCAUCGACUUCCUUAACACCUUCCUGCACACCUACCGGAUCUUCACCACGGCCGCCGUGGUCAUGGACAAGCUGUCCGACAUCUACAAGAAGCCCUUCACCUCUAUACCCGUUAGGGUUCAGUACCACUCAUCCGACCGUCUUUCCAUCACAGCCCUCUGUCCUGACUACAGCUUGAAGAUCACACGGCUUGCCAUGGAUCAGUCCAAAUCUUUGGAACUGUUCUUUGCCACCAACCAGGGAACGUGGGGGGGCGACCACCUCAACAACAAAUCCCCUCGUCUGUGUCGCAAGUUCUCCUCUCCUCCUCCUCUCUCCAUCCCCUCUCGCACCUCCUCACCCGUCCACUCCCGCAAACUCUCACUCAGCUCCCCAGUUGGCACUAAGGUGGGGGCCCUGGACCUAUCAACCACCCCCUCCUCCUCUGCCGCCAACUCCCCCACCUCCAGCCACUGCCCCUCUAUCUCCUCCCCGCCGCCAACCUCCACCAAGCCACCGUCUGGCUUGUCCUCCCCUCCUCCCACCACCACCCGCUCCCCCAGCCUCCCCCAGACCCAGGGGAUGUCCUCUCCACCCCCCACAUCCACCAAAGCCCCCAUGGACCUCAGCCGUGGUCCAAGCUCCCCAGAGCCCAGCCCUGCCAGUGGGGAGGACGGAGGGGGAGAGCUUCCGCGUAUUGACGCCUUCUGUGGGAAGCUGAGACGCAGCAUUCGCAGGGCGGUUCUGGAGACUGUGUCUCUGGACAAGUUCAUCCCUGAGACUCCAACCACCAGUGAACCAGGAGACAUGUCUCCCUGUCGCUCGCCCUCCACGCCCAGACAUCUCCGCUACCGACAGGCAGGAGUGCAAUCCGGGGAGAACCCACGCUGCACAAUGUCACCGGCCUCAGCCUUCGCCAUCGCCACAGCAGCAGCGGGUCACAGCAGCUCUCAGGGUUUCACCAACAAUGAGAAGACCUGCGACAAAGAGUUCAUCAUUCGCCGGGCCGCAACUAACCGUGUCCUCAACGUGCUGCGUCACUGGGUCUCCAAGCACUCGCAGGACUUUGAGAUGAACGGAGAGCUGAAAAUGGGUGUGGUCGGUCUGCUGGAGGAGGUGCUACGAGAUCCUGACCUGCUGCCACAGGAGAGGAAAGCCACUGGCAACAUAUUAAACGCUCUUUCUCAAGAUGAACAAGAUGAUGCACAGCUAAAGAUAGAGGACAUUCUACAAAUGAAAAGCUGUCCUCUGCUCCACUUCAUCUUGGCGGAAUGUCCUAAGGCAGAGUGUUUUGAGUCUCUGUCAGCCAUGGAGCUGGCUGAACAGAUCACCCUUCUGGACCACAUCGUUUUCAGGAGUAUCCCCUACGAGGAGUUCUUGGGCCAGGGCUGGAUGAAGGUGGAUAAGACCGAGAGGACUCCCUACAUUAUGAAGACCAGCCAGCACUUCAACGAUAUGAGUAACCUUGUAGCAUCUCAGAUCAUGACUCACACAGACGUUGGUUCCAGAGCCAGCUCCAUAGAGAAGUGGCUGGCUGUGGCCGAUAUCUGCCGCUGCCUCAACAACUACAAUGGAGUCCUGGAGAUCACCUCUGCUCUCAACCGCAGCGCCAUCUACAGGCUAAAAAAGACAUGGGCCAAGGUCUGCAAACAGACCAAGGCACUGAUGGACAGGCUACAAAAAACGGUGUCAUCUGAAGGAAGAUUCAAGAACCUAAGAGAAACUUUGAAGAAUUGUAAUCCUCCAUGUGUGCCCUACCUGGGGAUGUAUCUGACAGACCUGGCCUUCAUAGAGGAGGGAACACCCAACUUCACUGAGGAAGGACUGGUCAAUUUCUCCAAGAUGAGGAUGAUUUCUCACAUCAUUAGAGAGAUCCGUCAGUUCCAGCAGGCUCCCUACAGGAUAGAGCACCAACCCAAGGUGACUCAGUUUCUACUGGACAAGACGCUGGUGAUGGAUGAGGAUACUCUAUAUGAGCUCUCACUGAAAAUAGAACCUCGCGUACCUCCUGGCUAAACACAAACACACACACAUGAAAUACCUAUGCACGUACACAAGCAUGUGCACACAUAUUAGCAUGUGCACUUGCAUGCACGCAUGCACACACAAAUACAAACAAACAUAAUCAACGUGUCUAUAUGUUUAAUGCUUAUGUUUCAUUUGUAAGGCUCAAACCAGUCGAAUGACGGAGCUUGAGAAUCACCUGCUUUUGAGUUAAAUAAUCCAUAUUUGGGAUGUAGGGCUUAUUACAGAGCAUUGCCAAUUAUCAUGCUCAAAGAUCUCAGGUGAAGAUGUGCCUUUGUUGUUAAUAUUUUA